GGAAUUGUUCUGAAUAUAAAUGACGAUCCUGGAAAGCAAUUACCAGCUCUUACGUCAUUUUCCUCUAGGCUAAUUACAUUUGCAUUAUGAGAUAAUGCUAAGAAACUCUCAAUAUAAAAAAUCUACUUUCAUAGCGAGCUGUAUUCUUCCAAACACGCCAACGAACGACACCAAACGGAUUCCACAAAUGGCGGUGGAAAACUGCGAACUUCCGGUCGCAAGGCACUGUUUACUCAUCACUCACUUCAAACAAUAAUAAAUGAGAUAAAAGCAAUAUUAUCUGCAUAGUCGCGGUCGUAGUCACCGUACUGCUUCUGCUUCGCAGACGACGCUUCCGUUAGCAGAGAAGCCCGCGAGGCACUGUGAAACGAUGGUGGUACGCAGACGAUAACCGAACACAAAACCCUCACCGAAACCGGAUGUGUUAGAUCGUUGGGAAUAUUUUCAUCCUCAUUGGAAAGCAGGACGCGACGGAAGGGACGAUCGAAAAUUCUAACAAAGAAGGAAAUACUAAGUAGCGUUUAAAUAGUCUGCAUCGAGCGAGUAGCAAAGUUUGAUGUAGUACGCACGCGGAUGUGAGCCUGAGAGUACAAUAUCGUUGUAAGCGGCAAUGUGCAAUGAGAAGGUAUAGCGCGAAAGCACGUACUCUAUCUGCCUAACUGCGUGACUUAUUGCGCGAACAGCAGCAGGCGAACGUUGGGGCGGUUAAAGCGGCUGCCAGCUUGUAUCUUAUCUUGAUGCGAACAAAAUUUACAAUGCACGCCGGUUUAUUAUUGUACACAAGAAGGCAGCAGCAGGUCGUAGUGAGGAUUACAGAGCUGGCAAAAGUACAGGAAGAUACGUGUGUUAGCAAUCGUGGUCGUAAAAUUGUGCCGAUCUGUAGACACAGUUAGCUUGUGCGGGGAGUUUAGUAAACGCUUUGUACCACUUUUUUGCCAGUUUCUUGUCUUCAAGAGCUCAAUCGUGUAAUUCUGCGAUUCCAAGAAUCAAGCCCACCGUAAUGCCUGAAGAUGUGAGUAAUAAUUGCAAACCAUCGUUAUGAUAGUAUGGCAAUCGGUAUACACUUGAACCGCUUCCGGUUGUGAACGGAACGAGCCAACACGCGAUAACAGACUGCACUGAGCCAGCACACCUUGAAGUAUCUGAUAAAGUGCUACAGCCAGCAACGAGCGAUUCCGCUGGCAGUGGGAUUUUGUCGUUGCGCUGCAUGACGCGUGCUGUUCCCGUUGGAGCUGUGUUUGUUCAGAUGUCAUCGAAAGGACACUUAAAUACUUAACCGAGCCAUCGUCCUGCAAUCUUUCAGCAUAAGCCUUUCCAGCGCACUUGCACCUAAUUGCAGCAGAAUGGAUUACGCGGACCGCGGAGUAGCAACCAAAGCCACGAAAAAGAGAUGAGCUACGACGACCCGAUCCCGAUCGUUCUGCGCUCGAUAGUGUAAAAAAAAGGUAAGCGCAACUUCACCGCCGACGAAACAUAUGCAGGGUGCCAAAAUAAUUCCUCCCCACAUCGCACGCCAGUCUAUCACACGCCGUUGGCGCAUACCACCAAAACCCUCGUUCAUCAAGCCCGAGCACACUAUGACGAUUCGAGCGGUCCCGUAGAGCCGGAAACUACCCUGUCGCGCUCGCCCCAACCUCUGAACAGCACAGAAGAAGGAAGCGCUGUGUUCCCAGCCGUGUUCGGAAGUCCCUUUUCCGGGGAGCGCUCAAGCAAUCAAUCCUGCCGCCGCCGACGACGACUCGAUAUUUCCCAAACAAACAAAACGCAAUCAACACACACGAUGACGACGCUCACGGGCAGUAAAACAUCGCGCGGCCACCGUUGCCCGCGGGGCAUGAUGCUGAGCCUGCUGGUCGCCGUCACGGUCGGCAUGGUGAUGGCGGCCGCGGUCGUCGUCUCGCCCGUCGAGGCGGCCGGGCUGGCCAACUGUCCGCUCGGCUGCCAGUGCGACGACGAUACGCUCGUGGUGACGUGCGGCGAGGGGCAGCUCGACGUGCUGCCGAUCGUGCUGAACCCCUCCCUGCAGCGGCUAGUCAUCAAGAACAACAAGAUCAAAACGAUCGACUCCUCCAUGCAGUUCUACGCCGAGCUGACGUUUCUCGACCUUAGCUACAACCAUCUGUUUAACAUGCCGCCGCGCACCUUCGCCUACCAGCGCAAGCUGACCGAGCUGCACCUGAACCACAACAAGGUGGGCUCGAUCACGAACAAAACGUUCGUGGGGCUGGUCGCGCUGACCGUGCUGAACCUGCGCGGCAACUUCCUGGACGAGCUGCCCGAGGGCGUGUUUGCGGGCGUGCCGAAGCUCGAGGAGCUAAACCUGGGCCAGAAUCGCAUCGCCAAGAUCGACCCGAAAGCGUUCGCCGGGCUGACCGGGCUGCGCGUGCUCUAUCUGGACGACAACACGAUCAGUGCGGUACCGUCGCCCGCGCUGCAACCACUCCGAGCGCUGGGCGAGCUAUACAUCGGGCUCAACUCGUUCGCUGCCAUCCCGAAGGAAGCGUUCGCCAUGCUGACCGGGCUGGCCAAGCUCGAUCUGGAGGGCGCCGCGCUGCUGAACGUGUCGCGCGACAGCUUCCGCGGGCUGGAGCGACUGCGCACGCUCGACCUGUCGGACAAUCGGCUCGCCCGCAUCCCGACGGCCGAGCUGGCCGUGCUCGAGCGGCUCGAGGAGCUGUCGCUCGGCCAGAACGAUUUCGAAGCGAUACCACCGAACGCGUUCGCGGGCCUGAACAAUCUGCGCGUGCUGGACAUAUCCGGUUCGCUCAAGCUGACGCGCAUCGAGAGCGGCGCGUUUGCGCACAACACCAACCUGGAGGAGAUCGUGAUCGCCUCGAACAAGAUGCUGACCGAGGUGCAGGACGGUGCGCUGAGCGGGCUGCCCCAUCUGCGGCGCGUCGUGCUGAAGGACAACGCCCUGACGACGCUCACCGACGGGAUGCUCUCGUGGAACGAUCUGGUGGAGCUGGAUCUGUCCGAGAACUUGAUCCUGUGCGACUGCCAGAUACUGUGGCUGCGCAAUCUGCUUGUGAGUCGUAGCAAUGGAACGGUCGGAGCGGCGGCGCAACAGAUCCCGGUCGUUUGUGCCUCGCCGGACCGGCUACGCGGGCAGGUGCUGCAGAGCCUGUCGCCCGAGCUGCUCGGCUGCACGCAUCCCGACCGGCAGCAGCAGGCCAUCAUCUGCGUGGUGCUGGUGAGUGCCGCCGCCGUGCUGACGACGCUCGCCCUCGUCAUCUACAAGUGCCGCCGGCGCAUUCAGGAGGCGGUCAAGGGUAGCUGGGGCUCGAACGGGAUCGGCCGCAAGGAGCGCGAGUAUCAGAAAACGUUCUCCGAGGAGGACUACUCCGCGCGCCACCCGCAUCCGGGGCCGCCGGGCGGCGGGCUAGCGAUCCAUCCGACCACGCUCAACAACUACCAGAUCAACCACCAGCACCAUCACUCGCACGGCAUCCGGCACAUCCCGGUGACGGAACUAUAGCUAGAGGCUCCCCCUCCGCCACCACGGAGGGGAGGUCCGCCCGUGGCCGGUCAAAACGGGGCCCAGCAAACUAGCACCACCGCCACCAGCUUUCUGCAGCUCAGCCAGGACCAUCUAGGCCAGCCGGGACCGGUCCAGCCCGGCAUGAAGCUGUUCCCGAACUACACGCCACCGAUUCCACCGCACCAUCAGCAGCAGCACCAUCACCACAGCCUGCACCAUCACAACGGCAACGGUGGGCUGGACGAGCCGGCCAACAACCACCACUACCACCAGAUCACGUACCAGACGCAGACGCUCGCACCGUUGCGGCUCAAUCAGGAGCACUUUCUGCCGCACGCGACCAAAACCACCACCACGGCCGGUGGGACGAUGCCGGCCGGUGUCAAUCAGCCGCGGUCGCACGCCAAGUAUCAAACGCACCAUCACCAUCUGCACCACCAUGGUGCUGGGGGGGAUGGGGCCACGCUGCAUCAUCACAGCACCGGCAGCUACUCGCCCGAUGGUGGGGCCGGCCCGCUCCAUCACCAUCACCUGCACCAUCACCACCAUCCGCAUCAUCAUCCGCAUGCGCCCCAUCUGCGGGACGAUUGCUCCGACCGGGACGAUGACGACGAUGACACGCUGGACGUGAACGAUGGUGUUGGUGUCAGUGGUGGUGUUGGUGGUGAGGAGGAAUGCAGUGGGCAGAGCGAUGCAACAUCACCGCCCGACAGCCCGCUCUCGCCCGUCCCACCCGAGCUGCCCAUCCGGAAUGGGCUGCUGGCGGCAAACACGCUGAACCACAUCAACAACAACAACAACGGUCCAAUGAUGGGCACGGAACGGAUCCGGUCACCACCGACGCCACCGGUCACACCGCCACCCUCCUUCACCAACCACACCGGCAGCACACCGGGGCUGGACAGCGGCGGCGGCGGCCGCAAAACGCUGUCCGUCGCACGACACUAUCACUAGGUUCUUAAGUAGACACGACAGCAGCACGCGCUUAGAUAGACACUCGCGAAGGGAUGGGGCGAACAUAAAAGGGGCGAAUUUCCUACUUAGGGGGUUAGGGUGGGAUAGUUUUUGGGGUAAUAAUAUUGUGAUCGUUGCUCGUUGCUUUUGCGUGUGAAAGUAGCAAGAAUUAGGUGGAUUUUUGUGGUGAAUUCUUUGUACGUUUUCGUUGCGUACAAAGUGAACGCAGAAAAGGGAGAUGAAAUUCUUGGAUUUUUGAUUGAAAUUCUUGGAAAAUAUACUGAGAAUUUAUUUUUGAUGCGCGAAAUUGACAGUAUCAGUGGUUGGAUAUCAUUAUUGUAUAAAAUUAACCUCACUUUAUAAGCUUUUUUGUCAUAUCUCGAUAUUUUAGCCCAAAAAAUCGUGAAAAAACUGGAGAGCAAUGCUCCAAUACAACAAAUUUUGAGAUUUGAGGUCAUGCUAAUGAAUUCCAACUAGCUAUCGUUUGAUGGAUACAAUUUCAUGUAUGGGCCUGUAGUUUUGAUGUGAUCAGAACACCUCUUCAAACAUAUUUGUAUUAAACUUUGUACUUUCACGCUACUGCUUAAGUCACCACCAAGGACUUUGGACUGAAUGGCUCUAUUCUGAGGCUGUACUUUUCGUAUUUCUUGGGUGAAGAAACUCGAUUGUGGAGGAGUGUGGUAUAUUUUUUUCUUCUUCUGAUUAAAAUGGAUUCUCCAGAGCUCUUAGAAAUGUAAUUUCUUUGAACACUUUGUUCCUGAAUAUCCUGAUGAAUUCUCCUGAACAAUUUGCCACAAUUUCUCAAUAUUUUACAUUGGUAAUUGCAAAAAUGUCGUACAUGCCGUCAUUUUUUGAACGUCAGAAAUUUGACAUCUAAAAGACAUCGUUUAUUCUUUUAGUUUUUUAUUCGAAAUCUAAUUCCAUUCAAUUUGAAUUCAAUUUCAAGAAUUGCUUUAAUUCCUUAAAUAUGAUGAAAAUUAUUGAAGUUGAUUCGACAUGCCCUUUUGCCUUUUAAUUAGCACCACAUGUUAUUAUCCCUUGGAGACAUCCGUUAUCACCGUAGCUUCAUAAUUUCGCGUCUCUAGCGUCUUGUUUGAGCAUUUCAAAUCCAUUUACCUCAAAUCGCCUCAACAAACUGCAAGUAGUCUUCACUCCUCUUGACUCCCGCGUUAACGUUCCUUAGGGCUUGGAUUGGGACGGGAAAUGGCCACAACAAAAAAUCGUUGCCCAUUUCCUCCUACAAAAGCACCAGUGUAUCCUGUUUCCUGUCGCAAAUGUAUCGACAUUUGUCACUGUGUGUGUGUGUGUGUUUGUGUGUGACCACCUGGAUAACGAGUGGUGGUCCCGAGCGUGGUUAGGCACUGUUUUCUCUCGUGAAAAUUAGGCUCGGUUGCCCUAGCCACUCUCGCACAAGCAAACCAACCGUGACCCGGUUGAGCAGCGACGGAACACGACAGGAAAUGUUGUUUAAUUAAAUUAAUGGCCGGAAUAAUGUCGGUGACAUCCGUGCCCCGCCAUCGCCAAACCAAAUCCAAUGGAGCCGCCGCGCACAUGCCGGAAAGGACUCAACCGUGCACGACGACGACAGAGGAAGUGUUUAUUGAUUUAGUUGAUGAACAACCCGCACCCGCAGUCCGGGCCUUAUCAGCCUUAUCCAAUCCCCAACCAUGCCGGUUUGCCACCGCAGCAUUAGAACGGGAGGUUUUUCCUUCCCCCUCUGAUAAAGCCUAAUUUUGGAACAAAAGAGAGCCUAAAAGAGAGUCUUCUCCUAGCGUCUUCCGCAACCGCAACCACUGCCGAAAACUAUUCCCGGUACAUGAAAGACAUCCUUGGAUCUUUUCAAACGUGAGCUGCGGAGAAGAAAAAAGGCCCAGCAGUAUCUUAAAAUAGGCUGCUCCAUUUCUGAUUGAUUGCUGGCGAAGUGAUUUGUGGAAAAGAUCCCCUGCAGUAGGAGACACAAAAAAGGGCCCCCAACGGUUUGACAUUUAGCCGUUCGCCAGUUAUUUCCGAACUACCGGCCGAGAACAUCAUUAACGAGACGAUAAUUGUAAUUAAACAAAACCCCAGUACCAAGAUAUUCUCCCACUCCUCUUUUUUUGCCGAUCUUCCGGGUAAAGUAUUUUGGGGCGAAUGAUGUUAUCUUUUCCACGCUCAACUGGUUUACUUCAAAGACACACACACACACACAUUACACAAGCCCUAAUGAGCAUUCGGUACGGUGGUGGGGAUGGCUAUUUACUUUCUUUUGAGGAAUUGUAGAAUCAAUAUUAAUAUGGCAGGGGUUUUUUUUCUGUACGGCAGCUUCCCUAUUUUGGCGCAAAGUUUGUCUUUUUGUCUCUGUACCUUCAAAAGAAGCGACACAUUUGCUAAUGUUUUGCACCCGAUUUGCUUCACGGGUUUGGAUUUUGCAUCAUGAUGCUGCUUCCGCCUGGAAUGACUCUGCUCUUCAGCGAACUGAGUGAAAGGAACGGGUCGACAGUCUUUGACCCGUACAGCGGCGGCAGUCAUCAAUCGUGGCUCGUGGUGCUGCACGUGAAAGUAGGGCUCACGAUCUGACCCUGACCGGUAGCUCGGAGGGAAGAGAUCGACGUGUCCCCGGCAGGCCCCAGGGGGAACGACACGGCCACGACGCGCUGCUAGCAAUUAGCCAUCUGCAGCGCCGCCUCCUUCGGUUGGUAGCCGUAGCGAAUUGGAGCUCCGGCCAGCCCAGAAAGGGGUUUCCGUUUUUCGCGACUCGUCAUCUUGUGCAUAGCUCCCUUGAGGGGGUGAGUUUGGUUGAAAUAGACACACACUGCCCUAACCGCACUAGCCGCCUCCGGGUGUCGUUUGCGCUUCGCGUAUAUUAUAGGUCAUUCGGGGAAUCGUUUCGCCACACUCGCCGACGGUGGAGCAUUCCGUGCCGGGAGAGAGAGAGAGAGAGAGAGAGAUUGGUUGCGUUGGUUUCCACUUUUAAUAGAACCAUCAAUCAUACUCACUGGUAGCUUAGCCCUUCCCGAAAAGAUUCAUGAGGUCGCGAUAAUGUUGAAGCCACACUGCUAGUGUUGGGAGCUCUGAAUUGGACCUACCCAAUUCCGAUACUGUGUUCGGAAUUAAUUUUGGAGCCGAUUUUGAGGCUGGAAUCGAUUCCGAUUCCGAAUCCGAUUCCAAAUCCGAAGCCGAAUCCGGAACCAAAUCCGGAGCCGAAACCGGAACCGAAUCCAGAGCCAAAUCCGGAGCCGAUUCUGGAGCCGAAUCCAGAGCCGAAUCCGGACUCGAAUCCAGAGCCGAAUCCGGACCCGAAUCCGGACCCAAAUCUGGAGCCGAUGCCGUAGCUAAUUCCGGAAAAGAAUCCGGAGCCAAAUCCAGAGCUGACUCCGAACCCGGAAAUGGAAUUAGGUCCGGAAUUGGAAUCGUCUUGGGUAUCGGGGGCUCCGGAAACGGAAUCAGAAUUGACUCCCGAAUUGGAGUUAGCGAUUCUUAUGGAGAUGCAGAAACCGUCUCCGAUUUCGAAGCCGAUUCUCAGAAUUUCUCAUAUAUACUCAGAACUUCGGAGCCAAUUCCGAUUCCGGAUCUGAUUCCUACUCCGGAAACGAGCCUGUUUUCCGAAGUCAGUUCCAGAGCCUCCAGGCUCCGGAGCAAAUUACAAUUUUCCAGGACGAUUCCAAUUCCGAUUCCGGAACUAAUUCCGGAGCCGAUUUCGAUUCCGGAGCCGAUUCCGCCAUCAAUUAUAGAAACUGAUUCCGGACCAACUAUCCGGUAUCGAUUCCAGAAAACUUCGGAGCUAGCCGGAAUUGAUUCCGCCGAAAACUUCAUUUUUCCCAUCACUACACACUGCUGCUUGGCUCCCCAGCAUCCACAAGGGGGUCGUGUUUUUGGCAACUCCCCCCUUUCCUAAGCAUGUUUAGCCUAAUUGAACGCGAACACUCAACGCGCUGAAUGAGUUCACUCGCUGACAUACACACACACACAAACACCUAAUCGCAGCAGCACCAAAGUAUUGAAGCGCCAAAGACCCGAGCGCCGAUUGGGUCGGGAUUUUAAUUUUCCUCAAAGGAUAGGCAUCAUCAUAAUUACUCGCUCGCUCGCUCGCUUGCUCUCCCUUGUCCAGGACGAAAACCAGCGUGUUUUAAUCAAACUGCUGCUGCGUGUUAAAUCCGGCUUCGAUGUGAAUUAAUUCGCUAUUUUUAAAACACUCCAACAAGCACUGGGAUUAGAUGGCGGGAGGCGUUAGAGGACACACAGGAGCCCGUCACAAUCGGUACAGCAAUCAAAUUUAGAGCAAAGAGUGUUCAAUUAGCAAGCUGUCUAAUUAAUUCAUCUCAUGAGGCAGUCGGCGAGUGAGGCCUUUUGCGCCUCACAAUCUUAAUCCAUGCUUUCCUUAGCCUUUUCGAUGCGCAGUGUCCUUGGGCGAGUUUUUUUUUUUCCUUCAACUGCUGGUGUGUGUCUGUUGCGGUUAAACUUUCUGCGAUUAAACCUCCGGCUGUAAUGCAAACUAAAAGAGAAAAGGCGCGCGAACCAGCAGCAAACAUCAAAAGCGAAGCGAGGGCAGUUGCUCCGUUGCCCGCCGGGCAGGAAGCAGACACGCCGAAGGAGGAAAAUCAAGCGAAAAUAAUUAAACCAUUUAAAGUUUUAAAUUGAACCACCCGGCCACGCUGGCCGGCGCUGCUCGGCGCAUUUUUAUAGCCUUGAGGAAUUUUUAAGGAACAAAAUGGAGGUCCCUCAAAGUGUGUGUGUGUGUGUGUGUGCCGUAAGUGUAACGCGUAAUGACACUUAGCACAGUGACGUCCCCUUGUGUCUUUUUUCCCCCUGUCUGUGCCCUGUGGAGGUGCCCUCGAUUGCCCUCUUCCGCAGCAAAAGUGACAGGCACUGUGCGGCCCCACAUAGAAGGAGGAUGCAGCCCAGAGGGGUUAAAUUCCGCCCGGACCAGGGUAUUAUAAUUAUGUCAUAAAACUGGCCACAAUUGAUUGGCCCACGGCAGGUAACGGAGCUCAACAGCGCGAGAGAAAGGGGAAAAAAGGGGAAGUAAUAGUUUCUGGGGACUGAAAUGCGAUCGUAAAACCAGUGUGUCAGACAGGGCCGGGAUGAAGGAAGGUAAAAUGAAAGAUGUGGGUAUAAAAAAUAUAAAACCCCGUAAAACAAAACGUCUCCCGUCCGAUGAGUAAUGGUUGUGUAACGAGAGAGCGGGAGAGAAAGAGAGAUGGUGCGUAAUUAAAUUAAAUUAUAUUUGAAACACCACUCCGCAACCGCACGGGCAGGAAAGGAAAAUUGAAUUCAAAACAGAACCGAAACAGAACGGACCCCCAAAAACCAGUGCCACCAUGCAGCAGUCGUCGUGCUUGAUGCUGAUGAUGAAGGGUACACUGGGAAUAAUAACAACAACAAAAAUGCUACACGCAUUGCAGAGCGCAAAAAGUAGAAGAGAAUGGAAAUAAAUGUCCAAGAAGGCAAUAAAAUAAUGGUUGGUUGGCUGGCCCCGCGCGCGUUAUUACAAUGCAGGGCGGGCCGGAAGGUCGGAUGUCUUUGUGGUCUUUGAAGAACGUGGAACCGAGGUGUAACAAAAAGAAGUGGUAAUAAAGUGAAAAUUGAAUGAUAAUGUACCUCCUACCCACAGGUCCCACUUCUCCCGCCCUCUUAAAAACUCCCAACGACGACCCCAGUGGUCUAACGCCCCGUUCGCCCCCUCUUUCCCUCCCCCCCCCCCCCCCCUCCGUAAGUUUAACACGUAAGCAGCGGAAGCAUCAUCUUCAACUUUAAAAGCAAUAUUUCUUCUACAGAAAACACACAAACACAACAAGUAUAUAAGCAUAUUGAAGCAUUGAAGGUAGGGCAGGAGAACAAAAAAAAGCGUACAAUUUCACUUCAUACUCUCCUCUAAAAGGUGAUAAAAAAAAACUUGAUGUAACAAAAAAAAAAACAGCAACAACAACAGAAGAUAAAAAUAAAAGAAACGGAAAAGCCGUGUUUAAAGCAACAUAAAGAAAAAAGGAAAACUUCGACUGUGAAAAGAUUCCAACAGCAAGCACGGCAUAUUUUAACAAUAAGAGAAAACACAACAGAAAAAAAACGCAUAAAUCCCCGACAGUCAUAAACGCUAUUGCUGAAACACUGUAACGAAAAAGAAACAGUGUGUGUUUGUAAAUAGAAAGAAAAAGAAAAGAAAGGAGGAGUGAAGUAAUCAUAGAAAAAACGAAUAAAAACCUAUUAACUAGAAUUAUACAAAAAAACUAAAUCGUUAAAAAGAAAAACAAAUACUAGAAAUCGAAAACAGAAACUAGAAAUUGAUGUUGAUGAAAUGAAAAACGUGUAAAUAGCAUAACUUAGCAUUUAACGUCUCUAAAUGUGUUUUCGAAACAAACCAACAAACAAA